AUGGCCACAUCGGGUCAACCACUUCACGGAGUCCGAGAUCGGGCCAGGAUCGUGUGCUGCCAGUGUCAUGCACGCAAGGUCAAGUGUGAUUUGCAGACUCGAUCACAGGGCACUUGUUCCAAUUGCUAUAAACAUGGAUUAGCCUGCCAACCUCGCACCAACCGAAGAGCGACUGUCAAGGAAAGAUAUGCAAAGCAAGCGCUGGGGUCUCCGAGACCCAAUGGAACAGCUGCUCAAGGGCUGGACAGGCCAGUGACUCCAGAAACAUCCAUCAUUCGCGAGCAACGAGACCAAGUGGCUGUAGCUCCAGCACCGGAAGCGUUUCAUAAGCAGUACCUUGGUGCAAUGACAUAUAUCAUGCAUAGUGCUCCUAGCAUUCCCCCAAACUAUCAGCGCAUCACAGCCUUCUCCAAUAGCCGGAACCAGGAGAUCCUGACGAUCAUAGACCCGACGGCAUCUCCACCGACCAUCUUAUUCAAUGCAUAUAGCGACGCCUACUUCCAACACCUGUUUCAUCAGUUCCCCGUGAUUGAUCAUGCCGACCUCUCUUCCAACAGACCGUCGCUGGCGCUUCAGCAAGCCAUUUGCAUGGUGGGAACUAUGCUGCGACAUCCCAAAGGACCGGAUAUUCUGUCAGACAACGAGAAAUAUUACUACAACGCCAAGACCCUCAUCCACACCAACCACGAGCAGGACCCGAUGACCGUUCUGAAGGUGUUGUGUCUGUUGGCCACCCGCAACAUCGCUGGCCCGGUAUUGUUGACCGUGGAUUGUGCGUGGCAUUGGUUGGGGAUCGCAAUCAGACUGUUGCAACAAAUGGGCCUCCACCGCGAAGAAAUGUGUGUAGCAUCGGCCAGUCCGGGGAUGGCACGCAGGAUUGCGUGGUGCCUUUUUGUACAAGAUAAACUGUUAUCGGGUGCAUUUGGACGGCCGACGUGCAUCAAAGAAGACGAGUUCGAUGCUCGACCCCUGGCGGAAGAGGAUUUCGAGUGCCCCGGCAUCCAACCUUUGCUGUUCAUGCAGCUGGCCAAGAUAGCGAGCAUUCUGGGUCGGAUAUUAGACCUCCGAUGGCGGGCUCCUAAAGAUAUACAAGCCCAGCAUGCAGAUAUCCUCCAUUCACUGAAAGAUUGGAUCCGCAAUCUUCCCACACCGAUCCACAUUUUCGACCGCAACGGCGUGCGAACCUACCGACGCGAUGUGUUCGAAUUACACAUUGUGUACUUCGCCACCAUUAUCUUAUACUGCGACCUCUUCAACGACCACGACAUCACCUCCGUCCCGAACAUUGUAUCUCUAGUCGCCUCUUCCUGCAUCGCCCGCCUAUACCACGAGAUCGACUGCCGCGACGACCUCAACUAUCUCCUCGGGAUCCAAAACUGGUUCCUAACCGUCGCCGCCAUGCCACAGCUCCUCUACAACGCCGCAGAAUGCUCCCUCCCGGAAUCCGACAGCUACUGCUCAGAGGAGCUGGACAUGCUCGUGUCAUCGUUGGAGCAAGUGCAAACCCGAAUCCCCGGGUCCACGGUGAUAUUGAACGCGAUCAAUCGACUGCGAGCGUCGCGCACCAGCGGCCCAGUCCGGAAUCCCCGAGAAAAGGUCUUCUUCAGCGAAGGAUACGACCUCUUCGGCUUCCGCGACUUGUUCCCAUUCCCGAAUUCGCUGUCGCCGAGGCUUGCCCUGUGGGAGGUGUAUGCGGGCGAUAUCUUCCAGGGCCUGGAAACCCCCUUGACCGCCACAGAGGACCCGGGCUGGAUCUCGGGCGAGUUCGCGGAUCUGUCUCGGCUGGCGUUUGCUGGCCUGCCUCAACCUUUUUCUUGA